CGCAACGGUCACACCCACCUGCAUAAAAUCCAUUAUUCGCUGUGGCAAUUCGUAAAAAUUCGAAAGCUGCUCCGGAAAACCGGACCCUUUCACCUUGCUCUGGACCAGUUGCGCCAUCCUAAUAUCUCGCAAAAUGUCGAUCAAUCUCCGCACCGUUUACGCCUUCGCCCGGGAGAUGUACCCAAAGGUUUCCACGGAGCACAUUCAAUACGGAACAGCUGGCUUCCGCGGCAAGGCUGAGUUCCUGGACAGCGUGAUGUUCCGCAUGGGAGUUCUUGCCACCCUGCGAUCGAGGUAUCGCGAGGGCGCGGUUAUCGGUGUAAUGAUCACGGCAUCGCACAAUCCAGAGCCGGAUAACGGCGUCAAGCUGGUCGAUCCCAAGGGUGAAAUGCUGGAGGCUAGCUGGGAAUCGAUUGCCACCGAUCUAGUCAAUGUCAGCGACCAGGAACUGGAGCAACAUGUGGCCAAGAUAAUCAAAGAGAACAACAUCGAUGUGACGACGAGUUCUCAGGUGUUUGUUGGCAUGGACAACAGAUACCACAGUCCGCGAUUACUCAAGGCCGUAGCGGACGGAGUGAUAGCCCUGAAGGGCAAUGUCAAGGAGUACGGUAUUGUGACCACGCCCAUGCUGCACUAUUUCGUGGUAGCGGCCAACACUAAGGAGGCUUACGGGAAGCCCACCGAGGAGGGCUACUACGAGAAGCUGAUCAAGGCCUUCGAGCUGCUGAGAAACGGCCGACUGGAGAAUGGCAACUACCGGAAUAACAUCAUCUUCGAUGGUGCCAACGGAGUGGGUGCCCGCAAGAUGCUGCAGUUCAUUAAGCGCAUGAAGAGUUCCUUAAAUGUGACGGUUAUCAACCAGGGCAUCGGCCCCGGCAAAAUCAACGAAGACUGCGGUGCGGAUUACGUUAAGGUGCAGCAGAGGCCGCCGAAGUCCAUGCCUGAGGUGGCACCCUUUACCCGUUGUGUAAGCGUAGACGGAGAUGCCGAUCGUGUGGUGUACUUCUUCACCAACGACAAGGCCGAGUUCCAGCUCCUGGAUGGCGAUCGCAUUGCCACCUUGAUUGCGGGUUACCUAAUGGAGCUGGUCACGCAGGCCGAGAUCGAUCUGAGGCUAGGCCUGGUGCAGACAGCCUACGCGAAUGGUGCCUCCACCGAUUAUAUAGUCAACGAACUGAAGUUCCCCGUCUCCUGUGUUCCCACGGGAGUGAAGCAUCUGCACCACAAAGCCCUGGCCUACGACAUUGGUGUCUACUUUGAGGCGAACGGCCAUGGAACGAUUGUGUUCAGCGACAAUGCGAAGACAACUAUUGCCAAGGCUGCGGAAACCAAAGAGAGUGCCAAGACCUUGCUGCUUCUCAUCGAUCUUAUCAACGAAACCGUUGGCGAUGCCAUCUCCGACAUGCUGCUGGUCGAAACGAUCCUGAACCACAAGGGCUGGGAUGUCCAGGAUUGGAUCUCAUCCUACAACGACCUGCCCAACCGACAGCUCAAGGUGAAGGUGCAGGACCGAAACGUAAUCGAGACCACGGAUGCGGAGCGAGUGUGUGUCAAGCCGGAGGGUCUGCAGGCGGAGAUCAACAAGGUGGUGGCGAACUACAAGAGGGGUCGCUCCUUUGUGCGCCCCUCUGGAACAGAGGACGUGGUCCGAGUCUAUGCGGAAGCGUCUACAAAAGAGGACACGGAUAACCUGGCCUACGAAGUCGGAAUUCUGGUGCAAAAGCUUGCCGGCGGUGUGGGACCCGAAUUGACGAAGCCAAGCAGUGCCCAUCUUUAAUCCUAAAAACGUACCAACCUCAAAUCGAAGUAAAUCGAUCAUUGACACAGGUCCUGAGCAAUAAAUCUCUUUACUCUAAGGUGCUCAAUACUUACGCCUAAUUUUACGAAAAAGUCUUAAAUUUCAAAUGCAUUUAUAUACCUGUAAUUGUUCUACUGUCUUCUGUGUUCUAAAGAUGAGAUGUGUUUUUUAUACCACUAAAAA